GUGACGUCUAUGCCGGAGCCCGCGACGACUGCUAAGGCCGCUGCUGAAGAACCCCUCGCCACUGCUGAGGCAGAGCCCGAAGUGGUCGAGGAGGUGACUUGUGUGCCAGAGCCCGCGGCGACCGCUGAGGACGCUGCUGCCGAACCCUUCGCCACUGCUACUGCUGAGGAGCGGCCACAGAUGUCCGACGAUGGAUGGGGCGAUGAUUUCGGCUUCGACGACGAUGAUGUUUUCUCGCCCAAACCAGCAACAGAGGUGGCAGCUGUGCCGGAGCCUGCUACGGCCCUUGAGGCAGCUGACCAAGAGCCUGCCGCAACUUCCGAGGCAGAGGCUGAAGUGGUCGAGGAGGCGGCAGCUGUGCAGGAUCCUGUGGCGACCACACAGGUGGCGAACGGCCACCCCGAGAAGGAAGAGGGCGAGGACGUGGCACAGAUGUCCGAUGGCUGGGGAGACUUCACCCUUGACGACGAGGCAGAGCCCGAAGUGGUGCACGAGGUGGCGGCUGCGCACGAGCCCAUCACGACCCCGGAGGCAGAGCCUGAAGUGGUCGAGGAGGUGACAUCUGUGCCGGAGCCCGUGACGGCUGCUGAG